GCUAAAUUCAAAAUUCAACCUUUUUAUUUCACACUUUGUUUCUUAUCCAAAUCAAAACAAAUACUGAAGCAUGUUUGCGUUUUUGCGGACGGCAUUUUCGACAAAGGCCCUGCGGCCAUUCACAGCCCAGCACCAGCACCAGCCCUCGGCGCUCGCCAAUGCGCUGGGAGCGAACAGCACAGAGGCCGUGCGUGGAAUGAAGGUGCGGUCGUCGGUUAAGCUGAUGUGCGACCACUGCAAUUUGUCCGGAGACGUGGGCGCCUCUUUGUUGUGUGCAGCAAUGAUCCCAAGCACAAGCAGCGCCAGGGAUAGAGAAAAUUAAGCGUUGGAGUUUUUACGCCCUUUAUAAAAAUAAAAAGAAUAAAAUUCAGGAAUCUGUUUCUUUUUUCUUUCUCUUCUUUCUUUU